UCGCUCGUCUCGCCCAGCACUCGGCAAUUUCCGCCCCAUGAGGCAGCGCCAUUUUGUUUAUGAGUGAAGUCUGUGUCGGUGCUGUUCGAGAUCGUAUACGGAGCGCUGAUUAAUCUGGCAAUGGACGGCAUUGUUACUGAUGUUGCAGUCGGCGUUAAGAGAGGUUCCGACGAGCUGCUUUCUGGAAGUGUUCUUAAUGGUCCCAGUUCUAAUAUGAGCAGUAUAGUUGUGACUGCCAAUGGUAAUGAUAAUAAAAAGUUCAAAGGAGAUGAUAAAAUGGAAAGUUCGCCUUCCCGGGUACUUCAUAUCCGAAAACUUCCUGGUGAAGUAACAGAGACAGAAGUCAUUGCUCUGGGUUUACCUUUUGGUAAAGUAACAAACAUCCUAAUGCUGAAAGGAAAAAAUCAGGCAUUUUUGGAAAUGGCAACAGAAGAAGCAGCUGCCACAAUGGUUAAUUAUUAUACUUCACUGACACCUCACUUACGUAAUCAGCCAAUUUAUAUUCAGUACUCUAACCAUAAAGAACUGAAAACGGACAGUGCACUCAACCAGCGGGCCCAAGCAGUGCUUCAGGCUGUAUCUGCCGUGCAGGCGACAAAUUCCAGUGUGGGCAGCACCGCAGGAAGCGAGACCACAGUAACUUCUGCUCAGAGUCCAGUGCUGAGAAUAAUUAUUGACAACAUGUACUACCCUGUCACACUUGAUGUCCUUCACCAGAUAUUUUCAAAGUUUGGAACCGUGUUGAAGAUAAUCACAUUUACAAAAAACAAUCAGUUCCAAGCACUGCUACAGUAUGGAGACCCGACUAAUGCACAGCAAGCUAAACUGGCAUUAGAUGGUCAAAAUAUCUAUAAUGCAUGCUGUACCCUUCGGAUUGACUUUUCUAAGCUGGUGAAUUUAAAUGUAAAGUACAACAAUGACAAAAGUCGCGACUAUACACGGCCAGACCUUCCAUCUGGAGACGGGCAGCCUGCAUUAGAUCCAGCUAUUGCUGCAGCGUUUGCUAAGGAGACUUCACUUCUAGCAGUUCCUGGCGCAUUGAGUCCUCUAGGAAUACCAAAUGCUGCUGCAGCAGCAGCUGCCGCUGCUGCGGGUCGUGUUGGUAUGCAUGGCGUCACACAAGGAGGCAACACGGUUCUCCUUGUAAGCAACUUGAAUGAAGAGAUGGUUUCGCCCCAAAGUCUGUUUACCCUCUUCGGUGUUUAUGGAGAUGUGCAGCGUGUGAAGAUUUUAUAUAAUAAGAAAGACAGUGCUCUUAUACAAAUGGCUGAUGGCAACCAGUCACAACUGGCCAUGAGCCACCUUAAUGGACAGAAGAUGUAUGGAAAGAUUAUCAGGGUUACAUUGUCCAAACAUCAAACAGUACAGCUACCUCGAGAAGGUCUUGACGAUCAAGGGCUAACCAAAGAUUUUGGCAAUUCCCCCCUCCAUCGUUUCAAGAAGCCUGGCUCUAAAAACUUUCAGAAUAUCUUCCCACCGUCUGCAACUCUUCACUUGUCCAACAUUCCGCAAACUAUAACCGAAGAUGAUUUGCGAACAUUGUUUACCAACACAGGAGGAACUGUCAAAGCUUUCAAAUUCUUUCAAGACCAUAAAAUGGCUCUCCUUCAAAUGUCUACUGUAGAAGAAGCUAUACAGGCAUUGAUUGACCUUCACAACUACAACAUUGGUGACAAUCACCAUCUGAGAGUUUCUUUCUCCAAAUCAACAAUUUAAAGAAGAAAAAAAAAAGACAAAAAGCAGAGCGUUGGAUUUAUUGCAUUGUUAAGUGUAUUGUCACCAAUAGACUGUUCAGAAAAGUAGGGACCAGAGUCUGAUUUGUUCUUCACUCUAUCAUUUCUUGGUUCAUUACAUUAGUUGAUUUAAAGUGCAGUUAACAUUUAGCUGCAUAUUUUCCAGUGUGGCUAGGGAAGCCAUUUGUGUUUUAAAGUCUUCAUUUAACUUUUUAUUUUAUUGUUUAAAUACGUGGACAUGUGCCUUAAAAAAAACAAAAACAGUUGUUGUUCCCCUAAGUGUUACCGCUUUACAACACAGGUGAAUAGACAUGGGCACAUUGUUACAUGUGAGUAAAUACAUUUUUCACCAGGAGAUGUGUAAAAAGGUUAAGCUUUGGUUCCUCCUGCUCAGAACUUGAGUCAUCAUAGUUUUGUACGCAGGAGUAGAUUUUAUUUUGUCUGUUUGUAUUUUGUUUUUUUCUUAUUCAGAAUAUUCAUUUAUUUGGAAGAAUUUUUUAAAAUUUUUAUUAUUGUGUCAGCAUUUGCCUUGUAAAUUAGACAUGAUCUAUUUUUUGAUCUCUGUACUAGUAACAAAUUGCAGAAUUGUUGUAUGUUCUUUUCUAGAAGGUAAGGAAGGAGAUCCCUAAAAUGUCUUGGCCACAUUCUAGAAUACGUAGUAUAAUCUUAACCUUUUUGUACAUACUCUUGUGAAACGUAUCAUUUAAAUGUUGGCACUAAAGUUAUGUCUUGUUUGUGGCUGAAUAUUUUCCGUAGUUUUUGAAGUUGACAUGACUGACGUGCAUUUAACUAUAUAUUGCCAUCUCCUGUUUGUAAUUCUACUUGGAAUAUGGUUGUGGAUUUCUGAGCAUGUGCAGACUGGUCAAGCAAUUUCAGAAACUGGUGCAUGUAUUUUACAAUGUCAGGGAGAGCCUUUGACGAAAGAAGAGAAUAGUGGCAGUUUUUGAAAACUGACAACCAGGUGGGACCAAAGUUAAUGUGCCUUUAGUCUUAAUUUUCCUUGCAUUGUAAUAUUCUGUUGUAAUAAUAAAAAAAAAAUCUUCAAAAAUAUUUUGUAUUUAGAAACAGACCUGAAUUCCAGACAUGGCUGCGAAUCUACCAGUUGUGAUCGAGAAAACUGCUAAUCUAUAAAAUGAGCAGUUAGCUUGAAUUUAGUUUAAGACAAGUACAUUUUUUUUUUUUAUAAUAAAAAAAAACUAAUGUAUUUGUUUAAAAUCCAUAGAUUCUGUUUAUGUAGGAAAAUGGUCAUGUAUAUUUUCUAUCAGUUCAGUUUUUACAUCUUUAGAAAUGUAAAAUUCAGUCCAGUUUGAUUGCGGCACAAUUAAAAUUUAAUUUUCUAACAAAGUUGGGAGGUUUGAUGGUUGUUUUUGAUUUCACCUUGUGUAUUCUGCUUACCUCUGUAGCAUGCUCAAUAAACACUUCUGUAGCUCUGUA